AGACAUGCUAAACACCGUCUACUACAAUGGUGUGUCCAGUGGUGUACUCAUUGACUCACAUACAGGGGCGGACUGACAACUCAUGGGGCCCCCGGGCAAUAGGGGAUCAUGGGGCCCCUGUGUCCUUGCCCAAACUCAAAAAAGCCUAUGAAAAAGGUACCAGGGACAUCUCAUGGGGCCCCCUACUGACCCUGGGCCCUCAGGCAGUGCCCGAGUUUCCAAAUGGUCAGUCCGCCCCU